AUGGCGGGUGUUGUUCCAACCGAAAUGUCCGCCAAUAGUCCAAGACGUACCGCCCAAUUUGCACGCAAUGCUCAAGGUGGAGCAAAUACGGAGAUGAAGACCGGAAUCCUCCAACUUGUUUAUGCAAAUCCAUUCACCGGAAUGGAUCAUGAGGAUCCUUUCGCACAUCUCACCAAAUUUUAUGAGAUUGCGAGUUCAACGGGAGUCGAUGCGGCCAAUGAAGAAUCAUUGUUCAAGAGACUAUUUCCACACUCAUUACUUGGGAAAGCCAAAGAAUGGCAACCUCCACCUCACAACAAUCCUUACCAAAGAAACAACCAAGGAUUCCAACCUUCAAGAUUCGGCAAUCAACACUAUCAACAUCAAAGUCCUUAUCAAAGUUCAAAUCCACAAGGCCAAGGUCAACAAUCUCAAAGUGGAAGCUCAAAGUUGGAAGACACUCUUACACAAUUCAUGCAAGCAUCCAUGGCUAACCAAAGGAGCAAUGAAGCGGCCAUAAAGAACUUAGAAACUCAAGUGGGUCAACUUGCAAAGCAAUUGUCCGAACAACAACGGGGAUCUUCUUUUCCCGCCAGCACUCAAACAAAUCCAAGGGAGCAUUGCAAAGCCAUUGUAACAAGAAGUGGUAAAGAGAUAAAUGGUGGAAUAGAUGGAGGUGUUAUAGUGGAAGAUGAUGAGGAAAUAAUAGUUGAAAACCAAAAGGGUGAGGUGGUAGUUGAAGAUGAGGGAGAAAAGAGUGAGGAGAAAGUGGAGGAAGAAUUAGUUGAAAAAGAGCGGAAAGAAAAAGAAGGAAGAGAGAAAAAUGACAAAAAAGUGAAGAGGAAUAAAAAGAGAAAUGAGAAUAAAAAGAAGUACACGGAUGAAGAGACAGUUGUGCUUGAUGCUCAUUGUAGUGCAAUUAUUCAAAAAACUCCCCCAAGAAAGGAAGCCGAUCCGGGACGAGUCAUUUUACCGAUCACCAUUGGAGGUAACUACAUUAGUAAUGGUUUGGUUGAUUUGGGGUCUAGCAUCAAUUUAAUACCUUUAUCCGUUGUCAAGAGAUUGGGGAACAUUGAGAUGAAACACACCAGGAUAACUUUACAACUAGCCGAUAAGUCUAUCAUUUCACCAUAUGGAGUUGUACAAGACAUGCUGGUAAAGGUGGACAAAUUUUUGUUCCCGGUUGAUUUUGUGGUAGUCGACAUGGAGGAGGAUCAUGAUGUGCCAUUAAUACUUGGAAGACCAUUCAUGAAGACCACCCGAAUGAUGAUUGAUAUAGAUGAUGGGAUUAUGAAAGUAAGGGUACAAGAUACAGAGGUAAUUUUUACUCUUUUUGAGUCUAUGAAGCCUCCUAAGGAUGAACAUGACAACUUCCGAGUCGAUGAUGAAAAAGGAGAAAUCAUUGAGGUGGAUAAUCAAUUUCACAAGGACAAGGACAAGGUAAAUCAUGAGGGGAAGACUCAUCACAAAAACUUUAAAGUUGGACAAAUGGUGCUUGUGUGCAAUUCAAGACUCAAGGUGUUUCCUAGCAAGUUAAAUUCAAAGUGGUCGGGGCCAUUUGUUGUGAAAGAGGUGCGAAAUUAUGGAUCCAUUGUGGUGGAGGACCCUAAAACACAAGAAAGCUGGACUGUAAAGGAACAAAGACUCAAAGGCUACCACGAUGGAUAA